AUGAAACACGUUAGGAGAUUUCUUCAGGUGUUACUCUUGAACUUCCGCUUUUGUCCUUAUGGUUUAAAAAAAGUGACAAGGUUUUUUCAUCACCUCAUGCUCUUUUCAUGCACCAACGUUUUUUUCCUGACACAUAAUAAAAAUUUUGCUUGCUUAGUGCAAAAUAAAAAAAAAAAAAAUUAUUCCCCAUGGGGCUCCACUAACCCAGAGCGUAUUUGGAUUGAGGGAAAGCACAAGAGCAUACACGUAAAACCAAUCAUUCCCGGUCCUAGCGGCAACUACAUUUUAGAUAUGCUAGCCUGGCAUUGUUCUGUUCUUUUUCAUUUCCAUUUGAUUUCUUUUUUCAAUGUACAUUAA